GAUAUUCUACAUUUAAAUUUAAUAAUGAUGAUGAUGAAAUAUUUCAGUGAAAGAUGUGCGAUUCUUUGCGUUUAAGGAACUAUUUAUCAAUAUCAACAUUUUUUCCAGUCAAUGCAAUAUGUAGAAAACUCUGACUGGCGUUAGGUACGCAACUGAAAUUUAAUACAAAAUAUAAAGACACACACAUUAACAUGAUAUCAUUUAUUUGAACACUACUGGUUCAUCUUCUUCGUCGUCUAACAAUUAUUUCUGUCUGUUUGAUAUUUUUAGUUUAAUUUGGAGGCACUCCCCUUUAAAACACUCAAUGUCACGCAUCUUGCAAAAACUUCACACUAGUCGUGACCUUUUAACAUUAAAAGUAUUACCGUUUAUCUAAAGUUCACAUUUCUGUGUAGAAAAUUACAUCCAGAAAAAAUAAUAAGAGUUUAUAGUUAAUUGCCUAUAUGGUAGAAGGUCAAUUGUCAGUGCACGUACUUACUAUCCUCAGAUACAGAUGCGAAUUUCAACAAGUGGUUGGUUGAAUUGUGUUGAUAGCACAAAAUGACGACUGUUAGCCGCGGUUUAUUUAGAUGGUUAUACUGGCGUUGUGCCACCUUUGAAAACUUUGCCGACAGACUGAGUCACAUCUGGACAUUCGGACUCCUGCUUCUGCUAGCCAGCAUAAUUAGCUGGAACCAUAACUAUAACAAACCUAUAAGUUGCUGGGUACCAAACGAGUUUACCGAAGGUAUGCAGCAAUAUGCUGAUAAAACUUGCUGGCACAAGCAAUUCGUAUACCUUCAUCCAGAUGUUGAAGUACCAUUAUACGCUCAAACAAAAUUGUCAACAACAAAAUUACUGCAUCUAUGGUUACCGGUUAUUCUUUGCUUUCAGGCUCUUCUUUUUAAACUACCAAAUCUUCUCAUUAAUAUUCUACACGGUUUUUCUGGUAUAAGCUUUGACAAAAUCGCAGGUUUGACCAGCGGAUUCGAAAAUCUGAACAUGCAGGAACGUAACAUUUUGAGUAAGCAGACAUCACGUUAUAUCUACAACUGGCGUAAACAGUUUGCUAGUUGCUUACCAACAAUUUCUUACGGUGCUCUGGUUGAUUGUCAAAGUCCUACACUGCAUCAACAUCAUUGUACAAAUAAGUCUUGUCGACACUUUCCUGACAUCAAGGGAUCCACUGACUGGAAAUUCAAUAUCAUAUGGUAUAUAAAGAAAAUGGUGGAACUUGCAGAUGACCCUAACGUCACAGUCAUUAGGCCACAUGACCUAGAUCAAUUCUGUAACUUCAUUGGUGAGGAUGGCACUAUGGCGUUGAAGUUAAUUGGAGCUAACUCAUCGGAACUAUUUGUCGGCGAUGUCGUCUGCAGUAUGUGGAUGCUUAGAAACCGAAGACACAAUCCGCAGCAGGCGUUACAACCUAGUUCCCCAGAAGUUUUAGGAAUCCCACAUGGAGCGAAAGUGGUAUAGAUAUUCUUAAUGUUGGCAAGUCUUCGGACGAUGUUAACAAUUGCAGACAACAGUCUAUUUGAAAUUAGUUUUUGAGACUCACUGCGGCAUAAUUUUGAACAGAAUAAUAACAAGAGGGAUAUGAAACCAGAUAUUCCUGUUUCCUCUUUGACCUGUAUUUCAUUACGACAAACAUUCUUACAUCGUUUUAUGUAGAUCUGGUAAAACGUGGACUCAAGAGUGUUGACAAUAUACUUAUCUUUUACCCUAGAAGACCAAGUCUCCUA